GGUGCCGCUGGCCGCGACAGCUGCGCGGCCGACGGCAGACUGGUGGUCCAGGGGCGGCCCCUCCACGCGCACGUGCUGGCCGCGGCCGCGGGCCGCGCAGCGUCGCUGCCCCGACGGACCCUGCGCGGCAUGUGGUGGACGUCGCUGUGGGUGUGCCCGGCAGUGGCCGUGGUCGUGCACCUCUACUGGCUGAGCGCCACGGUGAACGCCACCGGGGAAGGCUUCCCCGCCAUGGAGCCGUCCAGCCUCCUGGCGGAGCAGGCCCUCUUCGUGCAGCGGCUGUGGCAUCUGCUGUGGACGGGGCGUCUGGCGCUCGAGCAGCUGGCCUCAGCCGAGCUGCGCGCGGCUGUGCUGCUGCUGCUGGGAGCGCUGAGCGCCCGGGCGCUGUGAGGCGCGCGCGCGGAGGGGGUCUGGGGCCCACCUCGCCCCCGCGCGACGGCGUGCCGGCGCCGCGCACGGAGGAACGAGCGCUCGCGUGCGGCCCCACGCUCGCGGGAGGGCCUGCCGGCCAGCAGGCAGCGGGGCUCCGCGCCCGCGGGGCUCCGCAGGAGCGCCCAAGCCUGCACGAUGCUGCAGGGCUGGAUGUGGGCUGCGCCGGGUUGGGGGGGGGCCGGUCGCGGCCCUGGGCGCGGAAGGCCCCCCCCGGAAAGAUGUGCAGCGCAGCUUUUCUAAAGCUGCUGAGCCGGGUUUGCGCUGAGCCAGGGCAGUCCACGCCCGAACCUUGACCCCAGUGCCCGGGGGGUCUCCCUGCGU